GAACUUAUAAUUGGCUCAAUUGAUAUAAAACAUAUAAUAUGCAAGAACAGAGACAAGAUCUUUAAUCCGGUUGCUAGUUUCCUUGGACGUAUUUAAUUUAUGUUUCUAAAAAAAGGUUGUGAUAAGAAGUACUUUGCUUGAAGAAAUACACUUUAUCGUGUUCCGACAUAUUAACGUGCAACAAAAAUGUCUAAAAAAGUUAUUAUUACACUGAUUCUGAUACAUGUAUGUGUUUAUGUAAUGACGUUCACUACACAAUCAACUUCCGGAGAAUCCACUGAAGCUGCUACAUCCACUGAAACGUCGACAACCAUCGAAACAUCAAUAACAACUGAAGCUUGGAUCCCCACCGAACCACCUACAACCAUUGAAGCUUCCAUAACAACCGAAACACCUACAACCACUGAAGCUCCGACAACAACCGAAACACAUAACACCAGUGAAGCUUCGACAACAACCGAAACACCUACAACUAGUGAAGCUUCGACAACAACCGAAACACCUACAACGACUGAAGCUUCGAUUACAACCGAAACACCUACAACCACCGCAUCACCUUCAACAACGGAAGCUCUAACAACCACCGAGGCCACGACAACCACGAACGUUCAUACAACUUUCGCGGCUACAACAACCGAAGAACAUUUUACAAUUUACAACAAUACAGCUACCGACGCUCCUGUACCAAGCGAAGAUGCUACACCCACUAAAUCAUUUUCAACAACAACUAUUAUUACACGUCCUUGCGAAUCUUCAACUUUAGCUACUGAGAGCAAAUGUGCCGUCCCAUCAUCGUAUAUUGGUGCUCUUGCUGUUGGAUGGACGUUUGCUGCGGUAGAACUUGUUAUAAUUAUCGCUUUGGUCGCCGUUCUUAUCAGAUAUAGGCGGGCUGCGAAACAUAAAGAGGCAAUGACCGAAGCAAACAUGAAAAAUCCAAAUUAUGAUACCCUCGUACAUGGACCUUAUGAUGGUGAUCUGCUAGAAGAUACGAAGCACACUUAUUCCAGCGUCUCUGAUGUAAACAUUACCAUGGCCGCUAUGUAAGACAAUUAUAGAACACAACCACAGACCUACAGUAUAAUGCAUUUCAGUUUAACAACAAUUCUACCACAAUGAAGUUCUUUGUAUGGAGGAGUUGAUAAUGUGAAAUCAGCGAAAUUAAUUAUUCGCUAAAAAGCACAUAAGAUGUUUAACCAGAGACAGUGUAAUUGAAGUGGUAUAGUAUUCUACUUUUUAUCUACACUACGGCGAACGUUUGUAUGCUUGAGAAGUGGAGAGAAAGUUAGUUAAAAUAUAAGUGUGAGUGGACCUAGUUUACCUACAUAAGUGUAUGGUCCAUACAGGACACUAACAUUGAUUCCAGCCUGUGUAACAUUAGCCAUGCUAAUUACACGAUGAUCUAGUAUGCAUGUAGAUGGGGAAUGUUCAACUCAUAUUGAAAUGAGACCUACAAUGUU